AUGCCUGUGAUACUGACGAGGAAGCGCUUGGAAGCUGUUGGCGUUAGUGCUCCACGCAAGCAGCUAGCCACGGAGGUGGCUAGGAAGUCGGCUCCAGUGAUCGGAGGAGUGAAGAAGUUUCACCGUUUCAGACCAGGAACUGUGGCUCUAAGGGAAAUCAGGAAAUACCAGAAGAGCACUGAGCUCUUGAUCCGAAAGCUUCUGUUCCAGAGGCUUGUGAGGGAAAUCGCUCAAGAUUUCAAGACCGAUUUGAGGUUUCAAAGCAACGUCGUCGCCGCUCUUCAAGAAGUUUCCGAGGCUUAUCUCGUCGGACUGUUUUAGGAUACUAACUUAUGUGUCAUUCAUGCUAAGAGGGUUACGAUUAUGCCCAAUGAUAUCCAGCUUGCUAGGAGGAUUAGAGGUGAGAGGGCUUAGAUUUGUUUGUUUCUCAGUUUUUAAUGUCUAGAAUUGGAGAUCUAUGUUUUUGUUCACCUUAUUGUGUUUGCUUUCUCUGCAAAUUUUUAAUGUAAAUCGAUAGAAUUGUAGUGGAUUU